AUUGCAGGGCAGAGAGAAAAGCCAGCGAUGGCUUCGCUCAGGCAGGAGCACCACUACGGGCUCUCCUGUGGAAAAAAUAACAAAAACAGCCCCAACAGGACGCUGUACCAUGUCAAGCUCACGGACACGGCUAUCAGGGCGUUGGAGGCUUACCAAAACCUCAAGGGGUCUUUACCAAGUGAACCAUCAAUUUGCUUCAAAGGAAACCAAGGGUACAUCAAGAUCCCAGCUCCCACACCAGAGUCACCUUCUGCUCUUCGCGUCUUCUCCUUCUACUUAUCCAGCGACAGCAAAGACCAACCUCAAGCAAGCUUUGACUGCAUCCACCAAUAUGUUUCGAGUGACGGCCGCGAGCAGCUGGAAGGUCAAGGUAUCAUCCAGGACAAGAUCACGGUGUGCGCCACCGAUGACUCCUACCAGAUGACCCGUGAGAGGAUGUCUCAGGUGGAGAAGGACAGCUGGAGCCGCUCUGCCAUUGAGAUCAAACCUGGAGCCACACAUCCGAAUAAAUGUGUGAAGUACCACAAGAGACCGGCUCCUCAGUCUGCAUCAGACAGCAGCUUCUAUAAACAGUCUACAAGCAACAGGAGGAACGGCGGUAUGGCCACCCCAACACAGAAGCCCUUGAGGGAGCGCAUCAUCCACCUCCUAGCUCUCAAAUCCUACAGGAAACCAGAACUGCUGCUUUGGCUGGAAAGAGAAAGAGCCAGUCCCAAGGACAAGGCCGAGCUGGGUGCCAUACUUGAAGAGGUGGCAAAAGUGAAUCCCAAGGACAGCAGUUACCUGCUGAGGGACGACUUCUACAAGCACGUUCAGAGGGACUGGCCGGGCUACAGCGAGGAGGAGAGGCAGCAGAUCAGCAGGCUGCUCUCCAGGAAGUUGCAGGUGCACAUCAGCCACCAAUCAAGGAAUCUUCAAGCAAAUGUGUCGAUGCUUAAGACCUCAGAGGAUACAACACUUCAUCAGAAUACAGCGAAAAGUUCUGCAGUGAAACGUCCCGUGCCUUCUGAGUCAGUGGACAGGCUAGCUGUUAAGAGACAAAGACUUGUGGACCAGAGGUUGCAGCAGCAGCCCACAGUAAAUGGACUCAUUAUGAGUAAAAGACAUGAAAUCGCAGCUCCUACCCUCAGCCCCAGUUUCCACACAAAGACCGAGUUUCAACGGACAAGUAACCAUACUGGUAACCAAAAUGUCUUACCAGGGGGCCACAGCGGCUCUCCUCUAAUCCACAAACUGUCAAGCACCUCGGACACACGCGUCUCAGAGAGCAGAGAGAAAGAAUCCAAAGUAAGCAGCCACCAGCCGCCACAGGGUGACUCUGACUGCUCUUACCAGCAGCUCAGCAGCAGCCAGCACAAGAAGAAGAAGUCUAAAAAGCACAAAGACAAGGACCGAGAGUGGAUAAAAGACAAGAAGGGGAGUGAAUGGUCAGAGAUGAGUCCUGAUCUCAAAAAGAACCCAGACAAACUGGACAAUCCUGACAUCACAAACACUGUGGCCUCUGAGGAGAAGCCGGAUUAUGUGCUCACUUACAGCACCAUCAUGAGUUUGGAGCAACGUGAGAGGUACCAGGAGGAUUUCUGUGCAGAGUACGAUGAAUACAAAGACCUCCACUCCCGGAUCGCCACCAUAACCCACAUGUUUGUUCAGCUAGGAUCCAAGAUCAAGAGCUUGUCCCCCGGCACUCAAGAAUAUAAGAUAAUGGAAGACCAAAUACUAGAAAAGUACAACAAGUAUAGAAAGAAGUUCCCAGGCUACCGGGAAGAGAAGAAACGCUGCGAGUAUCUCCAUGAGAAACUGUCCUACAUCAAACAGCUCAUCAUAGACUAUGACGCUUCCUCUUCAUAGCACUGGCUCCCCCCUUUAUCACAUUUUUUUAUAUGGAAAACCCUUCUUUGCACAAACACAGGUGUCAAAGCGGUUUUACAUGAGAGCUGUAUUAAAGAUUUUGGAUGAAACUGCAGAUGCCAACACGGACUGCCUGCUGGGACCCUGAAUGUCGCUGUGAGCACCAUUGAUUUAUAUCAGUAGCAGAUUUUACUCUGGCAUUUCUUUUUAAGGAUUAAUUUCUUACAGUAUGUCUAGUUGAUGUAAAAAGUCCAAGGAAAAGGCAGAAAAUGAAAUCGUGGAAAGCAUCUGUGCACGUCAAAUUCCCAUGACAGACCAUUUCUCUAAUAGUUUUUGCCAGCUUCGUUAAAACCAGAGUCAGUGUGAGUUUUGAUCGAAACGUGAAAGAUAGAAAAUAUAACUUUAACUUAUUCACUUUGUUUUUGACAUUUCCGUCAACCGUUGCUCUAGGCAGGUUUCCCCUUACCUUUUUUAUGAAUGUUAAAAUUUCAAUAUACAGUGAAAUUUGCCUCAUUUUUGAUACAUGAUUGCCGUAACCCAGUGCAAAACAACUGGAAUAUUUUAAGUCAUAUAAUCUCAGACUCAGCCUUCAUGUCUUAUUAUAUUAACGGUGUGAGAUGAUUCCAUUUGUCCCUAGUACACUUUCACAUUAUGUCCUAGUAAGACCAGUUUAAAGUAGGUGCUGUGAGAUAUUAGAACUUGUUUUUUUAAUGAAAUCUUAAAAGAAGUCAAUUUUGUUCAGGAAACAAGGGAAAUUAUCUCACCGUUUGCAAAAAAGGACUUAUAUAUAAAGUGAUGCAUGAAAAUGAAGGUAUGUUUGCAAUACAGCCAAAAGGGAGGUCAUACAGUUCAACUGGAUUCUGAACUGAUUCCAGUGAGAAAAACUGGGAAAUGCUGAAAUGGGUCAAGUUAAGAUUGAGGCGUAUGCUUUCUACCAAAUGCACUUGUGUUUAGAGUAUUUAUUCACCACGCCCCUUUUCUUUUGAGUGACUGGUUAAAGGAUCAAAAUGCUUGGCCUUAAUGGCUGUCGCAAUAAUUUCCUCUCCAAAGCCGUUACUGACAUUAUGAAUCAGGCACAGAGUCUAGUUUUAAAGUAUUGUGUUCAACCGGAACGAAGUGUCUCACUUUUUUCUUCCUUAGAACUACUGAUGUAUUUAUUUUUAAGCCACCUUCCUGUGUUCUGUGUUGUUGGUCUCCUCCGCUCGAAGGUCUUGUUAGACCAUCAUGUUUGUUCCAAGCAGCUGGGAGAGGUGGCGAGCAGAUCAAAGGUUUGCGUAGCAUUAUGUGUUUUGUCUCUGUCUAAACUGAUGCAGUUAUGGAGAGUGAAUGGGUUAAGGCCCUGAAGUCCUCCAAAUAUUUAUGCUGAAAUGGGAAGUUAGCAGCCACUUCAACAAGCAUUUGAACUGUGGCUGAAAUUGUUCACUUAUGCUGUGUUUACACUACCUGUGACACAUAAGCAGCACGGCCAGUUACGUUACGGCAGAGUUGUUAUUGAACUCUCUGUCGCUCAUUAACAUAGUCAUGUAGACUAUGGCUGUUGUAUCUCUGUGUGCACCAUAAAGCUGGAAUAAUGUCGGCUAACUAAUGCUGUAUUCAAACGGGCUCGUAUUUAGCCAAGCAACAACCUCCAAGGCUGAAAAAGGAAGUCGACGCUGAAGUGCCAAAACUGCAGUUUCUUGAAUGGCCACUUGAGGCUGGAUCCCAAAACGGAGUCAAUCCCCAUACACCCCCAUGUUAAAUGCCAAACAUUACAGCAUAGACAACAUUUUUACAGCCUGGUCCAAAGAAAAAACGGUUUUGGUCUCUAGUGCUAAUUUCAACCUUCAUGACAACUGCAUGGGGGUGAAUGUUUUAAUAACUCGCCCUUGUAUAUUUUAUUCAGGGCCAAAUUUACACACGCUUAAUUUUGGGGCCGCUUGAGUGGCUGUCUGCUGAUAGCGUCCCCUGCUCCCAGUCAGAUCCACCGCUUGCUUCUCCACAGCGCCAGCCUCUCACUUAAAUAUGGUCACUUCUGGCUGCAAAAAUGGCGAUGGCCAAACGGCAAAAUCGAGGCUUCUAAACGCAGUAGUGACGUCAUGGCAGCUACGUCCAUUAUCUUUACAGUCCUAAUGUUAACUGUGUCCACAAAUAGACCAGUGCAGCAUAAAUAACAGAACUACAGACACAAACCAUAUGAUAGACUUAUGCUUCACCGUGUUGUUGGAGCACUGAAAAAAGUUGAGGCCAGCUCUUCUUUGAUUUGUGGCCCGUCACACUAGUCCACAUUUACAAGGGUUGGGCAUCAUGCUGCAUUCAAAUGGAACUCGUGAGCAUAUGGUAAUGACAGGGGAAGCUGUGUUCACAGAGUCAUCGUGAACACUGAGGUCUUUUUUAGAAAUUUUUUAGAAAUCUUUCACUGACGAGUUUGUGAAUGCCACAAGAGGGCGUGGGUUGAUAUGGACUCUUCUGGUUAACACCACGCAGCAUCAGUUUGUCGUUUCAUGUCACUGGCUUUCACUGAAAAUGGCACGUAACCUUUUGCUGUGCCGUUUGUAGUGUGAACACAGCAUCAGACAGCACCACAAAAUGUGGGGACAACACUGAGUUGGGAACCUUGUAGCAUACAAUGGAUGAUUUUAGAAUCAGCCCUCAAUAUUUGGUCGUCAGGGAAAUAUGGAGCCAUAUUGGGGUUUUUAAAAAAGGGUGCAUUUGCUGCAUCAUAACCAGCUGUGGUACAAUUUUAAGCGCUAGCCUGAAAGCUUUUCCUCUUCAGUUCACAGUUAAUAAUCAGAGCCCAUUCAGGUAUUUUGCACUAAACCCAUUCUGAAUAAAGGGGGCAGCAGGCUAGUUAAAUUUCCAUUCAGAUUGUAAUUCCUCUCUGUGGUUACCGUUUUCGUCCCGAAAUGACAAAUGUUAUCACACAGUCACUAAUGUAGAAGCCUUAAGAUCACACUUUUAUACUACAAAAAAUUCAAACUGCCAAUAUCAAAGAGGAGUCAUUAUCCACACACAUCUGUUAUCUGCCUUAUGUUACUGUUAGCUGUCACAUUUAAACACAUCGUAGCUAUUUCGCUAUUCAUAUGGAUGCCUACUGCGGUUUUCUCACAUAUUUUAAUAUCACUUUCGAGGUGAAAUAUUUCAUAAUGUAAUUAAAAAUGUUUCAUGCACAGGUUGGGUGGCUAUGAUGGCAUAGCUUCCUCAUCAGAUGCAUUUAUAUGAUUUUUCUGGUACUCUGUUUUUCUUCAUCAUUAUUGAGAUAUAUGGUCAGGUAUUUGUCAUUAUGAUUUUUGGUUAAUACUGCAGCUCAUGUUUCUGUUGAAAUCCCAUCUUUCAUGGCUCAGAGCUGUUUGACUGGAAAACUGUCUGCAAUGGUCUCUACUCUAUUUUAAGCACAGCAGAAACCCAUUACUAAAAUAAUGAUCACCUUCAAGAAGUGGAGGGUAAAUAUUAGAAGGGGAAAAGUGUCAAGUGGUUGAUUGAAGACCACGAUUAUCUGUGGGUUAUAGAGUGUGACGAGAGUCACUGGUCUUGAAGACUAGAGUAUUUAUUCCAAAAUCACUAAAUGAAUUUUAUUUAUCAGUCUUCAUCACAAGCUACAAAAAUUAAGUUCAUGAGGUGUUUUUGUUUCUUUUUGACUGGUGCAGAAUAUUUUUGGGGCACCAGUGUGUACUGCACAGUCUGUGUUUUUAUGUUCAUGCCUCCUGAAGGGAAAGCCUCGUUUCUGUCACACAGGAGUCAGAGAAGAGAGUAUGCAUUAUGA